AAACCGUUAAUUUUGUUUUGUGAGUUAAUUAUCCCUUUAGUUAAUCAAUAAAGACAAAGAUUCAGCAUUUUUCCUAGCCUUCGAAAAUUAAAAAGAUUCAGCAUUUUACGUAUUAUGCAAGCAAACAAUAUAUUAAUAGGCCCAAUAAGCCUCUUCUUACAUGUUAUUCACCGCCAUUGCUUUUAGUUGGUUAUACAUUAAAACCCUAAAAGCUUACCUUCCCGGUAAUUUCAAUCUCUAAUCGUUGCUUUAACCCUGACUUCGCCGGCGAUCAAGAGCUCAAUUUAAAAAAAUGAAUGUCAAAAAAGUUCCAAACGUUCCUGGAUCACCUGGACUCUCUGCCUUGCUUAAGCUUGGUGUUAUUGGUGGGCUUGGACUCUAUUGCAUUGGUAGUAGUAUGUACAAUGUCGAUGGAGGACACCGUGCCAUCGUGUUUAACCGGUUUAGCGGUAUCAAAGAUAAGGUUUAUCCAGAGGGUACACAUUUUAAGAUACCAUUGUUUGAAAGAGCAAUUAUCUACGAUGUUCGUGCUCGACCUUACGUUGAGAAUAGCGAAACUGGAAGUCAUGAUCUUCAAACGGUGACAAUUGGGCUUAGGGUUCUUACACGUCCCAUGGGAGACCGAUUGCCCGAGAUUUACAGAACACUCGGUCAGAAUUACGGAGAGCGAGUUCUCCCUUCCAUUAUCAACGAAACACUGAAAGCAGUAGUGGCUCAGUACAAUGCAAGCCAGCUCAUUACACAGAGAGAAGCUGUGAGUAGGGAGAUACGCAAUAUUGUGACAGAGCGAGCAUCUAAAUUCAACAUUGCUUUAGAUGAUGUUUCCAUCACAAACCUCAAAUUUGGCAAAGAGUUCACUGAAGCAAUUGAGAAGAAACAAGUUGCGGCUCAGGAAGCAGAACGGGCGAAGUUCAUAGUCGAAAAGGCUGAGCAAGACAAGAAAAGUGCUGUUAUCCGCGCUCAGGGAGAAGCUAAGAGUGCUCAGCUCAUAGGCCAAGCUAUUGCAAACAAUGAAGCUUUCAUUACUCUGAGGAAGAUUGAAGCUGCAAGAGAGAUAGCUCAGACCAUAGCUAGAUCGGCUAACAAGGUUUACCUAAACUCCAGUGAUCUCUUGCUUAAUCUCCAAGCAAUGAACUUGGAGCCUAGCCCUAACAAGUAGAGAAAGAAAAGUCACUUUGAACAAUUUUACCAAUUCUCCAGACUUGUUUUUGCUAUUUUUUGGACAAGUUUGAGAUUUGAACAGUUAUAGAAGACU